CACAUUAACAAAAAAUACUUCUCAUUCAGUUCUCAGAAAACAUUACAAAGCUACAAAGAGGAACCAACAAUUCUUAAACCACUACAUCACCACAUCACAUUUGUUUUCCGCCAGUUUCAUGAUUUUGGACCACGAGCCUCUGGUUCCCUCCACAUUAUUGGUUUUGCUGAAAACUCGAAGACAUCAGUUGCUCUUCUUGCUGUUAAAAUAUUUAUAAGAAAGAAAACGAGAAAAACUGAUGGACUCAACAACAAAGAAUGAAAAAAGAUGCAAGUCACUAUAAGGAAGUAACACUUUAAUAACGGGAAGUAGAUCCCGCAUCUCUCUUCAAGACGCACAAGUUCAGAGACAGUUGAGGGCGUGAGAACAAGAGAGAGAGAAGCAAGAUGGUUCAAUUCAGAUGGAUUAACGUGUCUUUAUUUGUGAUACUCGUGCUUCAGUUUACAGCAGCAACUGGGCAGAACCUCUCCUUCACUGUCAGAGUUGGAGAUGAAGUCACUUUGCAUUGUGGAAAUGUGAUACAAAAUCAGGAUAAUUGUGACGGGACUUCCUGGUUGGUCAGUCGUGAUAUUGGGGCAGCAGCAACAGAGCUGAUUACACAUGGGAAAAAUGGGAUUUCCAAAUCUAAAUCUGACAGACUGAGUGUUACAGAGAACUGUUUUCUGGUUAUAAAGAAGGUCACAUUCGAGGAUGUUGGUCGUUACACCUGCAGACAGUUCAAGAAAUCAGGACAACAACAAGGUCCAGACUCUCUGGUUCUUCUGUCUGUUAUUAACAUUGAACAAUAUCAGAACAAUGAUACAGUCGGCUUCAUCUGCUCUAUGUUGACAUAUGGAAGGUGUGGACACACAGUCGAGUGGUUGUAUGAGGGUAAUAAGAACAACAUGUUGACAUCACAGGGUUCCUGUUCAGCCACUGUGGUUUUUACAACUCCUCCUCUUAGCCAGAAGUCAAACUAUUGUGAGUUACUGAAGUGUAAAGUGACAGAUAAUAAGAGUGGCCAGAUGCUGCUGUGUAGCGUUGACCUCCAGUCCUCAUGUGAGAAAACAGGAAGCACAUUAGAGGGGAAAAACAAAACACCAUCUGGAAAUGAUGAAACAAAACAAGGUAGUGACUAAACAUCUUACAUCUCUCUCUCUCUUUCCUUGUGAAGUCUACAUUAUGAAUGAUUGUCACUCGGCUAUGUUUGGUACUCCUCUACACAUGUGAGAUUAAAUCUGGAACAAUUUUUUUUUAGAAAACUAGAAGUAUAGAAGUAGUUUUAAAAGGUCUGGAUUUGUGUUGGCAUGAAAUCUUUAUCAAUAAUAAAAUUCACGUCAACCAAGGACACUUUCCAACAGAACUGAACUGUGCAGUCAAAAUGUUUCUAAUGUUUUCAGAAUCGUUCUGGAGGUUCAUCAUUGUGUCUGUGGGUUUAGCAGCACUCAUAAUAAUUGUUGUGGCAGUCAACAUCUGGACAAGAACUAA